CCUAGUAAUCCGCGGUGAAAAGGAUGAACAAGCUGUAUUGUGCAGCAAAGAUAAAACUUAUGACAUGAAAAUAGCAGAUACCUCAAAUAUGCUGCUGUUUAUUCCUGGUUGCAAAACUCCAGAACAGCUGAAUGCAGAUCAAGCAUCUUGUAAUAUUAUUCAUGCACAGAUUGCUGGUUUCUCCAAUAACUAUUGGGAAUUAAGGAGAUGUCGACCGAAACUGAAGAAACUGAGGAAGCUUUUAAUGGAAGAUCCAUAUGAAGGGCCAGAGAGUCGGAAAGAUCAGACUUUAACAUUUUCAAAGUAUACAACAGAGGAUUUGUUAAGUCUGAUUCAAGCAAGUGAAGAGGAAAUACUGCACGAAUUGCAGGUUAUAGAUGCCUGCAAAAUUGAAGGAUAUUGGAGAAUUCUAGAAUUUGACUAUGAGAUGAAACUCUUGAACCAUGUGACUCAGCUGAUAGACUCAGAGUCCUGGUCUUUAAGUAAGGUUCCUUUACGUACCUGCCUUGAGGAACUUGGAUCUCUAGAGCCCACAGAGAUGAUAGAACACAUCCUUUUAAGCUAUGGAAGGAAAUACACUGAUGAUGCAGGGGAGAUUUACUUUGAAAUGCAUGAAGAUAAAAUAUGCAGAGCUAUAGCACGAAUGCUUUUGCAAAAUGCAGUUAAAUUCAAUCUAUCAGAGUUUCAAGAAGUAUGGCAACAAAGUGUUCCUGAAGGGAUGACAACAAGGCUUGAUCAGCUUAAGGGCUUGGCUCUUGUGGAUAAAAGCUCAAGACCAGAGACCAUCUUUCUGCUGAAAGUAGAAGACUUACCUGAAGACAAUCAAGAAAGAUUCAACAGCUUAUUCAGAAUACGGGAAAAGUGGACAGAAGUGGAUAUUACCCCUUAUAUACAAGACUUAUGUGCAGAGAAGCAGACAGUUGGCGCUCUUCUGACAAAAUAUGCUCGCUGCUCAACGCAGAAUGGUGUUAAAGUUUAUAAUUCUAGAAGACCCAUCUCUUAACAAGUCCUGUCUUAAGAACCGAGAAUAAUGAAUGGAGUAACAGUAAAUGUUGCUUGUUGCUGCCUUCUGGGGAAAGGAGUUGCCAACUGGUAUUAUGUAGUGUUCUUGAGUUUAAGCAGCUAAGCUGCUUGAACGAGUUCAGUUUUCUGCUCGGCUAAGUAGAAUGUGAAGGCAUUUGCAUCUUCUAAGAAACUAUAGUGUCAGCAGCCCUUGCCUGCUUUCUUUUUCCUUUAUGUCUGU